AUGGGCGGCGUCUGCGCCGGGCUCUGCACCGGAGUUCGUGAGGGGAAGACGCCCAACACCAAGGAAGAUGUUGAAGACUGGCCUGGAGCGCUCCGGGCCGAAAUGGGCUUCAGUAGGUCGAGGACAAGAAGUCUGAGCACAACGACGUCCGCAACCUCUUCUCCCGGUUCUCCAGAGGACUACCCGGUGGCCGUCCCCUCUUCCGCCAGUUUGGCAGAGAUGGGAGCAACUCCGACUGCCCCACAACCUGCCACCGGACUGCAGCAGCCUGCCCCAACAGAUGUUCCAUCGCAUGUCACGCCGAUCGACGAUGCAGGCUCCUGUUCCUUGGGCGCCAAGGUCACAGAGGAAGCUCCGGACUCGAUUCCCCUGCAGCUGCUCACGGAUGUCGCCCACAAGGUCGACCACGCAGCCAGCCUCACAACUGGACCUGACGGCGCGGCAGAGGCCCCGCAGCCGUUCGUGCAGCCGCCGGCACUCGUGGUCCCGAUUAACCCGGAAGUGAAUCCGCAUUGGCAGAACCAGCUCCUGGGCAUGCCAGUGGCCCAAACGGCGCCCAUGUACUACUUCCCGGCCGGCGCCAGCGUUUUCCCGACGGAUCCCAGCAUCAACCCACUGUACUGGCUGCAGCUCCAGAUGGUCCCAGUGCCCGAAAGCGCACCGGAGCCAGCUCCGGCGGCGGCUCUGGCAGGAGCGGCGAGCUCCACCGAGCCGGAGCCUGCGCCCGCGCCCGUGCCAACAAGGCCAGCAAGGAAGGGCACCCGCUUGGUCAACAAGGCCAUUGGCAAAAAGCCAACAGCCGACGCGUGA